AACGGUUUGUCAAGUGGCAAGGGAGAACGAUAAAGAAGCUUGUCAAAGGGAUUAAGAGCAUGAAUGGGAAAAUGAAGACCGUGGAAACCAAGCUCUCACACGUGGGAUGCUCUAACUCUACACGGGAUGACGUGGAGGCGACGGGAGAGAACCAACCAACCCCAAUGGACGAAGAUAGAGAUGCAAGGUAUUCUUUCCAAGGCACUCACACUCAAGAAAUGGUGGUUCAUGAUCCUCCGCGAGCUUCUUCUUAUAAGCGUCGCCAAAGGAGGAAGAGGAGAGCGCCUCGUUCACCAACACUAAUUCUGGCUUCAAGCAACUCCUCUUACUCACUCUCCACAUCUUGGGACUGGGAGGUUAUGUUUUGCUUUUGAACUAUUUUCCUCUUUUAAGGUUUUUGCUAAGUUUGUAUGAAUCUUGGUUACUUUUGAGUUUAGUAAUUUAAUUAUUCUUUUAAAAUCUUUUUAGCUAUCUUUUCUUAUGUCCGAUAUAAUUUAAAUUAAAAUUUAAACAAUUUG